AUGUCAAAUCUACAGAAAAUCAUAAUACCAGUUGGACUGAUUGCCUAUCUACUUUGUGGUACACUGGCUGCAAUUUUGCCUCGUUUUUCGGAGGACAAACGGGGCGCGUACUUGGAUCUUCCGUGGGGAAAACGAUCGAGUGUUUUUGAGCACAUACCCCCAGAGCGCGUAAUAUGGGACGAAGAACUACGACCAAUUAUGUCACAACAUAAGCGUGGAGCUUACAUUGAUUUACCUUGGGGUCGUCAUACCACGAUGUCAAAUCUACAGAAAAUCAUAAUACCAGUUGGACUGAUUGCCUAUCUACUUUGUGGUACACUGGCUGCAAUUUUGCCUCGUUUUUCGGAGGACAAACGGGGCGCGUACUUGGAUCUUCCGUGGGGAAAACGAUCGAGUGUUUUUGAGCACAUACCCCCAGAGCGCGUAAUAUGGGACGAAGAACUACGACCAAUUAUGUCACAACAUAAGCGUGGAGCUUACAUUGAUUUACCUUGGGGUCGGUGA